UCAGUGUCAAACAGACAAGCGAAUAUUAUUUUGGGUGUAUUUUGGUUUCAAAAUCUGUGAUGUUUUAUUAGGGUGGGACCUUCCAUAGUUUUAUUUUUUAUUGAUAAUAUGCUAUAAACUCGAGGGUGUGAUCAAGAUGAGUUACUUGACAGUCGAUGGUCCGAAACCAUCCACUAGUUCAGAUAAAAAUUUGAACGAGGCUGACAAUGAAGACCUCGAGGUGGAUAACUCGAAAAGUGUAUUGCAUAAGAUAGCAAACCUAUACGCAGAACAAUUGAUGAGUGAUCUAGUUUUAGAAGUGGGAGGUGUGGGAUAUCCAGCACAUAGACUGAUACUAUGUGCUAGUAGUGAGGUGUUUCAGGUGAUGCUAAUGAACAGAGAGUGGAGCGAGUGGCGCGAGAGUCGGAUAGUGUUACAGGAAACACCCACUGCUGCAUCUGUAUUCCCACAUUUUCUUAAGUACUUCUAUACAGGACAAAUUAAAAUAUCCUAUCAGACAGUGUUACCUGUUUUGUCAUUAGGCGAUAAGUACAAUGUUAAGGAUUUGGUUUCGCUGUGUUUGGAGUAUAUGUCCCAACAUAUUGCUCUGGCGGCAAAACGCGGUCAACUCAUCGCGUGGAUGCAGUACACUAUGGCGUGUGGCCAUAAUGAUGUCGCGAAGGAAUGCCAGAACUUCGUGAAGUGGAACAUGGAGUGGGUGUGGGCUAACGCGGAGCUGGCGGAGCUGGAGGACGACACGCUGCUGCUGCUGCUGCAGCAGAGCGACCUCGUGCUGCACAACGAGAUGACGCUCUUCCGUUUCGUGGUAAAAUGGUUGGACAAACAGAAAGAGAGAUUGAAUUUCAGCGAGGCAAGUGAGAGCGAAUGCAAGAUGCACUGGGAUUCUUUGGUCACUACUAUGUUCUCUCAUGUUCGGUUUCCAAUGAUGUGUCCAAACCAAUUGGCCAAACUGCUCCUGUGUCCUCUCACACAGGAACACAAGGAAUUCUUCAUGGAGAGAAUGGCUAUUGCUAUGAGUUAUCAGUCUGGGCAAACAGAACGCAUAUCCGAGAUCCAACAAACGGAAAGCGGACGGAUGGUCUUCACUCCUCGUCUCUACACAGAAGACAUAUGGGGUUCGAUUCUCGGCGUGGACUAUUUCCACACACUGCCCAGUUAUCACACGAGGACAUUUAUAUUCUCGACCAGGCCGAGUGUAGCGGACUGUGGAUCUGAUAAACUGCACGAGUGGACGGUGGACUUGCAUCCGAAAGGGGUUUGGUUCCAGAAGAGCAUGCUGAUCGUGUGGUCGGGGACUUAUGAUGUGAGUUUUUUAACCGACUUCAAAAAAAGGAGGAGGUUAUCAAAUCGGCCGGUCCCAGAGGUGGUGUUACGUACUGUGCGUAUCUCAAUCACUUGCCAGAGUUGUUCUCAGCAAACCAAUGAAUAUGACGAAGCGUAUGAACCUGAUGUUAGAGUAAAGAUCGGCAUACUAGUGUGGGGAGUACAAAAUGGCGUAGAACAUGUAGCGUCCGUUGUUGAAAGAGUGCAUAGAUUUUCAGCACAGAAUCGGGUACUAAAUAUAGAUGGUGCUCUUGACUUCGAUGAAUUAAACACUCCGCUCUACACUCCAACCGCUAUCUCGCCUUCCUGGAAAGUGAAUGGUCGCUGCGCUAAGUGCACAGACAACUGCGAGUUGCCAGAGCCCAAACAUCUUUUGGGACCAAAUAGAGAUCAGCUGAGGAUACAAGUAGUAAUAGUGCCACUAACGGACUUCUGUCACGUGUCCGUGCACGAUGGACCACGCGGAUGACCGCAUCGCCCCAUCUCGCUCGCACACACCGCGUGCGACAGAGACGGCGAUACUGACAAAUAGUGACAUUACUGAAAUAUUGUUUUGUAAAACUUUCGGCAUUGGAAAAUGGAGGAUAAAUACAUGGAAUGAUUGUACUUGUUUGACGAAAUGUAUUGUGUUUUGAAGAUGCAAAUAAAAUUGUAUAGAAUGUGAUUUUUUUUGACGUGGAAAAAGCUGUGUCAAUUUGACGUUUGACAAUCGAUGUCAGUUGUGUUUGGAUCGGUUACAGAUCUCAACAAAAUCGUAUUAUUUUGUUUUGUAAAGUUUUGGUUUGUAUAAUAUUCUUUAAAAUAAAACACAGGCAAUGUAACCAAGCAUAAUGUAAAAAUAUUUUUUCUUGCAAUGUUUAGCGACUUAUAAAUUAUAAUCUGAUAGCGAAACGAAGCGAGACUUAGAAAGAGUGCUCACUAAAUGUUUGUCUUUAUUUUCAAAAUGGUGUUCAGUUUUAUAAUUCGUACUGAAUAUUUGUAAUUUAAUUUCUAAAGUACGUCAAAAAAUUAUUAUAUCGGCUAGUUUUUUUUAGUAAAACAACCUAUAUCUUAUUUAACCUUAAUAUUGUAAUCUAACAUUUGUUGGAUUUGAGAAUAUGCAAUAAGUUCUUAAAUGUGUCGUUAUUUAGUUUUUCUAUUAAAACUUUCUAU